UAAAACAAAACUGAAAAAUUCUAAUUAUUUAUUUAAAAAAAACACUGAUAUUUAAGAAAAAUUAUCUAACCAAUUUGUCAUGAUGGAAUCAAUGACAAGAUUUGGUCGUAGUAUUGGUCGACAUCCAAUGCCUAUACCACAUUCAGAAGAUUCUGAAACUGAUGAAUAUAAUGUGAUCGAUUCGGAUCGACAAUAUGAACGUAUUGGUGAUCGUGGUUCAUCCACUGGUACUACAUCAUCAUCACGAUCAUCAAAUCAUAAUGGUGCCCUUGUUGAUCCAUUAAUAUUAUCACAAGGUGCUCAUCAUAUUCAUAAUGCACAUCUAUUUAAUAAUCAUAAGUCAUCUCAAUCAGCUUCAUCAUCUUCGCAUACGAAUACGAUGGGUAAACAACAUAUGUCUACAGUCAUGACAACAACAUCAGCAGCCGCACAUCCAACACAUUAUGCUGAAUCGGCAAUUUAUCGAAGAUCUCGUGGUAAUGGUGUUUCUGGAUCGGUUAUUGGAUCACCACUUGAUUCUGAACCACCUCCAUUAAUUCCUGAGUCACAAUUAUUCAUAUCUGGCACAAAUUGUCCAAAUCAAUCAGUCAAUUCACUUUUGGAACAAGGAUGGAAAUCUCAACAUUCGACGUUGGAAUUCGGUCAUUUAAAUCACCAUCAUCAUCAUCAUCAUCCACAACAACAUCAUUUGAAUACACAAUCAACGCCAACACAGCAACCAUUAUCUAACCAAAAUACUACCAUGCUAUCAAAUCUAGAUUCAACAACAAAUACUUCGAAUGCAACGACCACUACUUCGGUCAAUCAAGUCAACAUGGCACCAGUCUAUGAAUCAGCGUGUUUGAUGCGGACAGCUUCAGGUUCGCUAUAUAUUCCAAGUGAUAAUAAAGGAGCUUUCAAGCCAUCAAUACAGUCAAUCAAUGAAUUUACGAUUGGAGGAACGUUAAAAAAACCAGAUCGCAGAUUGCCAACGGUUGGAGCCAAUCAUAGUCAUUUUAGUCGACCAUUAGCAACACAUCUAUCUGGAUCACGUUUUCGUAAAAUAUUAUCAGUGCAAUGGAAUUGGAAAUAUACAGCCAUUGCAUUCAUAUUAAUCUCUAUGGCAUUAUUGAUUGCAAUUACAUAUAUAAUGAGUUCAGCAUUAUCGGUGGCCAAUAUGGCACAAAAUACAAAUUGUCCUGUGAUGGUAGAUGACAUACUUGAGCUUAAUCCAGCUGCUGCACAGCAGCCACAACCAUUACAACCAUCAUCGAUAAAUUCUGGAAUGGGUGGAAUACCGAUCAUCGGAAUUGGUAACAAUAAUAAUUUUCAUACUAGAAAUAAUUUUCAUGGUGGUGGGCAUUCAAGAAAUCCUUUUAAUAACCCUUAUCCUUUUGGAACAACAGCAGAAAAAAAUAUAGCCAGUCAUCAUCAUGUGCCAUCAUCAAUUUCAUCAUUCACCAAUAUCCAACAAUUAGGCCGUACUUAUUCACAACGUGUGCCUUCAUUUGGUUAUUGGCAUCUACGAUAUCAUCAAUCGGAACCAAGUCUGGUCAAAUUUAAUCUUAGUUUACCAUCAUCAAUUUCACAAACAAAUAAUGUUGGUAGCAAUAGUCCAUCAGUAUUAGCUAUUUAUGGUAAUCGCGAUAAACCAGCCACACAUACACGUUAUGAUUUUGUUGAAUUCAUUGAUCGUGUACUCAUGGCAACCAGUGCAACAGCCAGUUUGGUUGUCGGUCGUCAACGUUUGAAACGGGCCAAUGAACAUCAUUCAAUGGCUACAAUGCACAUCAUACAGAAAGAGUUUACUAAAUAUCUUGAUAAUGGAAUCUGGUUUUUAACAUUGUACAAUGAUGCUCCAUUACAUGUGGACGUUUCGCUCGAUUUGUCAUUGGCCACUGAAGAAUUGUGUCCAUUCAAUUGUCGAGGUCAUGGUGUUUGUAUUGCUGGUCAUUGUAAAUGUGAUCCCGGUUAUAAUGGUGAAAGUUGUGAUCUCAUGACUUGUCCGGUUUUAUGUUCUGGUCGUGGACAAUAUCUCAAUGGUGAAUGUGUUUGUAACUCCGGAUGGAAAGGAAAAGAAUGCCAAAUUCGUGAAGAUGAAUGUGAAGUAUCCAACUGUAAUGGACAUGGUGAUUGUAUUGAUGGUACAUGCCAUUGCUUUUCUGGAUACAAAGGAGAUCAUUGUGAAAAUGUCGAUUGUCUUGAUCCAAAAUGUUCUGGCCAUGGACAUUGUAUGUCGGGUGUAUGUAUAUGUGGAAAAGGUUGGAAAGGUGGUGAUUGUUCGGAACCUGAUAAUGAAGCCACACAUUGUUUACCAGAUUGCUCCGGGCAUGGAAAUUUUGAUCUACAAUUGCAACAAUGUAUUUGUGAUGAACGAUGGUCUGGUUCUGAUUGUUCACAAGAACGAUGUGAUUUAGAUUGUGGUACAAAUGGUCAUUGUGAAGAUGGUGAAUGUGUUUGUGAUGAAGGUUGGAGUGGUGAAAAAUGUUUGACACGGCUAUGUGAUCCAAGAUGUUUGGAACAUGGACAAUGUCAGAAUGGAACCUGUAUCUGUGCUAAAGGUUGGAAUGGUCGACAUUGUUCAUUAGCUGGAUGUGUCAACGAUUGCAAUGAACAUGGUGAAUGUGUUCGUCAACAUUUAACAACACCAAAUGAUGAACUACUUUGGGUGUGCGUAUGUGAACCCGGUUAUGCCGGUUUAGAUUGUUCAGUGGCAUUGGAAUCUCAAUGUGGUGAUAAUAUCGACAAUGACAAAGAUGGCUUGGUUGAUUGUGCCGAUCCGGAAUGUUGUCAGAGCAAAGAAUGCGAAAGUAAACAGCUAUGUUUUUCAGCAUCAGAUCCACAGGACAUCCUGCUGCGUAAACAACCACCGGCUAUGACAGCUUCGUUUUAUCAACGAAUGCAAUUUUUGAUUGAAGAAGAAUCGGUACAAUCAUUUGCACAGAAAAUGGCUUUCAAUGAUAGUUUAUUAUGGAAUCGUAUUAAUGAGAGCCGUGCAUCAGUCAUACGAGGACAGAUUGUUGAUUCGGGUGGAUUAGGUAUUACCGGUGUACGAGUUGGUGUUUCAACCGAUCCAUUUCUUGGUUUUACAAUGACUCGUGAAAAUGGUUGGUUCGAUCUUAUGGUUAAUGGUGGUGGUUCGGUUACACUACAUUUUCAUCGUGAACCAUUUAAAUCUGUACAAAAAGUUGUCAAUGUACCAAUCAAUGAAAUUAUUGUUCUUGAUAAAAUUUUCUUCAAUCUUGAAGGCCAAACACCCGCUGCUGUGACAAAUGAUGCUGAUAAUAAAAAAUCAGCUAUUUGUUCUGAUCAUGAUUAUGAUAAAAUGAAACCGAUUGUUGUUGCAACAUGGAAACAACCAUUUCAAAAUAGUCAUUCAUCCGAUCAAUCAGCUAUAUUAGCUGAAUCACAAAUUGUUCAAGAAUCAAUUCGCAUGCCUGGAACUGGAAUUCAUUUGGUAUAUCAUUCUUCACGUUCAAAUGGCUAUCUAUCAACUAUUGAACUUCAACUUACACCAGAUAAAAUCGAAUCAACAUUACGUCUUGUUUAUUUAAAAAUAUCAGUCGAAGGAAUUUUGUUUGAAAAAAUCUUUGAAGCUGAUCCGAAUAUUUUAUAUACGUAUGCUUGGAAUCGUCGUAAUGUUUAUAGACAAAAAGUAUAUGGAUUGGCCAACGCUGUUAUUCAAGUUGGCUAUCAAUAUAACAAUUGUGUCAAUAUUAUUUGGGAAAUGCAAACAGUUCAAUUGGCUGGGCAUGAUAUGCCCAUUUCAGAAAUUGGCGGUUGGAAUAUUGAUGUACAUCAUCGUUAUAAUUUUCAUGAAGGCAUUUUACAAAAAGGCGAUGGCAGCAAUGUUUAUUUGAAAAAGAAUUCUAAACUUUUGACAACCAGUGUUGGAGAUGGGCAACAACGUCCACUUCAUUGUUCGUAUUGUAAUGGAAUGGCAAAAGAUCAACGAUUGUUAGCUCCUGUAGCUUUAGCUUCAGCUCCAGAUGGAAGUCUUUACAUUGGUGAUUUCAAUUUGAUUCGUCGUCUUCGACCGGAUGGAACUAUUUCGACUGUCGUAGAAUUAAGUGAAUCAUCCGUAGCCUAUAAAUAUCAUCUUGCUGUUGGAUCUGUUGAUGGUAAACUAUACUUCAGUGAUCCUGAGAAACAUCAAGUUUUUCGUGUGAUUAACACUGAAUCUCCCAACGAUCCAAGAAACAAUUUGGAAGUAUUUGUUGGAAGCGGUGUCAAAUGUUUGCCGGGUGAUCGAACUGCAUGUGGUGAUGGUCGUUCAGCACGUGAAGCAAAACUUUCCUAUCCAAAAGGAAUUGUUCUUGCUCCUACUGGUGAGCUUUACAUAGCUGAUGGUACAAAUAUACGAAUGGUAGAUACGUUUGGAAUUAUUCAUACGAUUAUUGGCGAUCAUUAUCAUAAAUCGCAUUGGAAGCCAAUACCGUGCUCUGGUUCGACACCAAUCAACAAAUUAAUUCUUCGAUGGCCAACACAACUUGCAAUUUCUCCAUUGGAUCAAACCUUACAUAUCCUCGAUGAUCAUAUGGUUUUAAAAGUUACCAAUGAUAAACGUAUUGUGAUUGUGGCCGGAAGACCAUCCCAUUGUCCAUCAUACAUUCAUCAUCGACAUCAAACAAAUGAAUCUGAAGAUAAAAAAGAACUUUCUGAUUCAAAAGAACCAUUAGCAACGCAAGUAUUUCUUGAAACUCCUCAAGCAAUAACAUUUGGACCGAAUGGAGAUCUUUAUAUUGCUGAAAGUGAUUCUCAAAAUACAAAUCGUGUUCGUGUUGUAUCCGUAUCCGAUCAAAGAAUUUCACGAUUCGCUGGUGCCGAUAUUAAUUGUUCAUGUAUGGAUAUUUCUUGUAAAUGUUUCUCACCAGAUGAUUUGUUGGCUGUUAAUGUUCAUCUAUCAACAAUAUCAUCUAUUACCGUUACACCUGAUGGCAAAGUUCAUAUCAGUGAUCAGGAAAAUCUUCGUGUGCGAACAGUUUACUCGCCAUUACCACAACAGAAUCCUUCAACCGGUGAAUAUGAGAUUGUAUGGCCAGAAACGCAUGAAGUUUAUGUAUUCAAUCGACAUGGACAACAUAUUUCAACCAAAUCAGCAUUGACUGGCACAUUGAUUUAUUCUUUCACUUAUAAUGUCAACGCUAUUAAUGGCAAAAUCAGUUCAGUCACCGAUGCCGCUGGUAACAAAAUUUACAUCCUAAGAGAUUAUAGUAAUCAAGUGAAAAGUAUCGAAAAUUCUCAAGGCGAAAAAUGUCGACUUUCGAUGAAUCGACAAGGAUUGUUGGCAUCGUUUUCUACUCCAAGUAACUAUGUAAUCAAAUUUAAUUAUCAAGGAAACUUGGAUGCUUUGCUUACAUCUCGAACUGAUUCAUGGGGAAAAUCAACCUUGUACAAAUAUGAUGAAUACGGACGAGUAAUUCAAGUAAUAUUGCCCACCGGUGAUGUUAUGCGUUUGAACAAUCGUUUGGCGUUUGAUGGAACAACAAAAUUGUUAGUCUCCUAUAAUGAUAUUGAUCUUAUGCGUUUAGACGUAGGAGACAAGUAUAUAAGUAAAAAUGUAUUACAAAGAGAUGAAGUUUUUACUUUGGAAAAACUUGGCAAUAUUAAUCCAUCAACAAAAGGAUCAUCACAUAAAUUGGCUAUGAGGAAACGUGAUACAAGUCAUUUGGAAAUUGAAUCCAUGUCAUCACCAGUGAUUGCUGAUUCAUGGUCUAAAAUGAGCGAACUAUGGCCUUUGCCGUCAAUUAUGAGGAUCAUUUAUAAUUCAGAAAAUGUCAAAAGUAUUGAAUGGAAAUAUUUUGUCAAAAGAAAUUCAAUGUCUAGCAAGCUAUCCGGUAAUACAGGAAACGAUCCGAUCAAAAAACCAUCAUUGACGUCUAUCGGAAGAAAACUAAAAUUGAAUGGUAACACCAUCCUGUCGAUCGAAUACGACAAAGAUGCCAAUCAACAAACUUUGUUUGAUCAUUCUAAUCGUCCACUAUUACAUAUGGAUUUUGAUAAUGGAAAUUAUAAACCAACCAAAUUUAUAUCAAACUUUAAUUUAACACCCGUGGAAUUAGAAUACGAUCAAUUCGCUCGUUUGCUUAGCUGGAAACGUGGACAAUUAUCACUUCAAUUGUCAUAUGAUUUGAAAGGUCGCGUGACCGGUAUUAAAUAUGGUGAUGGUUCAUCGACUAAACUUAAAUAUGAUACGUCUUCAGGUCCAACCGAGAUAAUUAAGGCAGAAGGUAAUAGCCGUUAUUUGCUUCAAUAUGACGCCAAUGGUGGUCUGACCGCCAUCAUGACACCAGCUGGUCAUCGCAAUGAACUGUAUCGGCAAGUUUCGCUUGGUUUUUACAAAUUGCUCUUUUUACCAUCAGGUUUUCAUAAUCCAUUCAUAUUUCAAUACGAUGAAUGGGGUCGAACAAUAACAAAAUUAUUGCCAAAUAAUUCCGGUCGAAAAGUGAUGAUAUACAACACAUUGGGAUUAUUAGAAACAGAGCUUUCUGGUUGUGAAAAAAUCAAAUAUAUUUAUCAUGCUGGAACAAAUUUAAUCAAAACUAUAAACAAAACUACAUCAGACAAUUUUGAUUAUAAAGCCGAAUAUCGUCAUCAAGGCUCGUUACUUAAAGAAGAACGAAUCAGUUUCAACUCUAGAACGGAACUUUCCAAUUACAAACUUCGCUAUAAAUAUGAUGGUAUGGGUCAUAUAAACGUAGUUGAGUUUGAAUUACAAGGACGAAGUAUAGAAACAAAAAAAUUAAAGUAUUCAAUAUUGACCGGCAUGGAAGAGGGUGUCGAUACGUUUAUAUUCAAACGACAUAGUGCUAAUGUUGUACAGAUUGGUGAUGAACGAUUGCUCAAAACUAUUGCCACUGAUUCUUAUGGUCGAAUGGUUGGAAUAACAUUCUCAGUUUGGAAUAAGGAACUCUUUUCACAAGUUAUUCAAUAUGAACAACGUCGAUCUCGUAUUGCUCAAUCUCGAUUAAAAUAUGGUGCCAACUAUAUCAAUAGUAAUUAUACUUACACAAGCUCUGGUUUCUUGGAACAAGUUUUAAUUAGUGGUUCAUCAACUGUAUCGAAUGUUGUUGCACGUUUGUUAUACGGUUAUGAUAUUGAUGGUAAUCUAAAAACCAUACAUGAAGGUGAUAAAGAACUUAAGAUCAGACGCGAUGAAGCCGGUCGAGCUCGAAGUUUUAGCGAUAAUGGUGAAGAUCUAUUCAUGAUCGAUGAGCGUGGCUUCACUAUCUCUCGAGACUCCACUAACAAAUACAUGUGGAAUGCCAAUGGCCAACUAACCGGUGUGAUGCUUAACGAUGGGUCUCAAAAUGAUUUGGCCAUCACUUAUCAUUAUGAUCAUAAAAAUCGAUUAAUGAGUAGAUUCGUGACUAGUUCGAGUAACACACAAAAUCGAACUCAAUUCAUUUAUGAUGAAACUCUUCCCUCAUCAAUCAGUCAUUGUGUCAUUGAUUCAAGGAUUAUCGGAUUCAUAUACGAUACGAAUGGUCAUCUUAUUGCUCUUACCAUUGAAGGCACAAAAUAUUAUGUCGCUAGUGAUCAUCUUGGCUCACCAGUCGCUGUUUAUACAGGGGAUGGUGUUUUAGUCAAGGAAAUUAUUCGUGAUGUUUGGGGCAAAAUUCUCAAAGAUUCUAACCCAUCAUUUUGGCUGCCCAUUGAUUUUCAUGGUUCAAUCAGAGAUCCAUUGACUGGAUUAAAUCACUUUAAAGAUGGACGAGUUUAUGAUUCAUCAAUCGCUCAAUGGCUUACACCAAGCUGGGAUGCAUUUGAUAAAGAUUUAGAGGAUAUGAUUCAUCUAUAUCGAUUCCAAAACAAUGAUCCUGUCAAUCCAGCUCAUUUCGUUAAAAAAAUGGAUGGUGCAAUUGGUUUAUUGCCAAUGUCAGAUAUUAAAUCGUGGUUACAAACUUUUGGCUAUCGACUUGAUUUUAUCUUUGAUGAACAAAUUGAAACUAAAGAUUUCAGUUUCACACAAAGUUCACCAGUCAUCACAUCAUUGAAUGCUGAAAGGAAAAAUUUGAUUGCUAUCUUCAAUCAUUUAUCAAUGAUUCCUGAAAGUAAAAUCAAGCUACCUUUCGAUUCAAAUUCGGAAAGUUUUUUCGAUAUGCAUGAAAUAUCGAUUGCUAUGAUGCCAUCACCAUUGAGCGCAGCAUUGAUAUCACGAACACCGCGAAUAACUACUGUUCAUAGUAUUGAAAUUGAUAAAAAUCCCAUUAUUAACUCUGUGUUAACAAAUGUAUUCAAUGGCACUUAUUCAUUGCCAUUCCAUUUGGUUCAUCAUUCGAAGGAUGAAUUCUUUUUUGUUCAACCAUCUCAAAAUGAUGUACAUCAACAAAUGCAACGUGAUAUUGAACAAUUGCAUAAAUUAGGCUCCAUGGUCAAUGUCAGUAGGGUUCCAGAUAGUGAUUCAUCAUUUUCAACUAGUCAUUUAUUGGUCAAUACUGGCAAUCUAAUGCUCAACAUUCGUUAUGGUGCUUCAUUUGAUGAAGAAAUAAAUCGAGUUGCACGAUUGGCAAGACGUAAAGCCGUACAAGAAGCCUGUAUUGAACGUUAUCCACAAUUGGCCGAUGAUCCAACCAACGUAAAAUUCAAAAGAGAUUCAACAAAUCUUUCAAGUCGAAAACGUCGUAAUCAUUCAAGACGACAACAACGAUCAUCAUCAUCUUUGAUUCAUUAAUAAAAUUGAAUCAAUAAGUUUGUAAAUAUCGAUAGCUUUAAUUAUUAUGAAAUAAUUUGUUUUCUAAUUGGAAAACAUUGCACAAACAAAAAAAUUCUCAUUUUAAUUGUGAAAUUUUUCAACCUCUUCAUUGGUGGAAGAGAUAAAAAUACCUUUGAAAUAC